GCGUGUUCCAGCCGGCGUGGGUGGAUGGAAGAAAAAGCGUGUUGGUGGGGGGCUGAGAAGCAGAGAAAGAGCUGGCGAUUAGAGGCGCUUGGGUUUUCGUUUAUCCAUCAUGGCAUCCAAGUGCCCCAAGUGCGACAAGACUGUCUACUUCGCUGAAAAAGUAACUUCCUUGGGAAAAGAUUGGCAUAAGUUCUGUUUGAAAUGUGAGCGCUGCAACAAGACCCUGACACCUGGUGGGCAUGCAGAGCAUGAAAGGAAGCCAUACUGUCACAAGCCCUGUUAUGCAACAUUGUUUGGACCAAAAGGUGUAAAUAUUGGAGGAGCAGGAUCCUAUAUUUAUGAUAAGCCUCCUUCUGAAGGACAGCUUGCACCAGGCCCUAUUGAGCACAUAUCCAAAAUGGAAGAAAAGAAAGCGAAUGUUGCACCAAAGGGACCUAGCAAAGCCUCCAGCAUUACUACCUUCACUGGAGAGCCCAAUGUCUGUCCACGCUGCUCCAAGAAGGUCUAUUUUGCUGAGAAGGUGACUUCAUUGGGCAAGGAUUGGCACCGUCCCUGUCUACGUUGUGAGCGUUGCGGGAAGACUCUAAUCCCUGGAGGCCAUGCUGAGCAUGAUGGACAGCCAUAUUGCCACAAACCAUGCUAUGGGAUCCUGUUUGGACCAAAGGGAGUGAACACAGGUGCAGUUGGAAGCUACAUCUAUGAUAAAGAAUCUGAAGCAAAAGACCAACCUUGAGAGCUUUUUCUAGCCAACUGUUUAUCUGCUCAGCCUGUUUGCACUGCAUUCUCUUGAUUAAUCUUGUGUGUAUAGAUAUAGUGACACCUGCUUAGAAGCAGAGGAUGAGGUGGCUGCAUAGGUCCCAUUGUCUGCUCCCCAGGCAGGAGAUGGCAUUCUGUUCCCUCUUCCGUUUCUAAUGGCUGUGCUUUAAAAGGACAGAGCUGCUUCUCUACCAAAGGUCUCAUUUUUAUUUCACUUCUUCAACUCAGUGUGUUCUGGGCAAAUAACUUUGCUGCCAUUAUUUUACAUGACAGAACACAAUUCAGUUAUGUCCCUUGUGGCCAUCGUAGUCAUUAGGAGUUCAUUAUUUUGAGGUCCAACUUGCCAUUAGCUAUUAAUGGCUAAACACUUGGAGGAAGUAUAAAUAAGUUUAGCAGGAAGGUAAAAAAAAUCAGUUAUAUUUUUGAACAAGGCUGCCAAAUCUAGAAUAGUGACUGCUAGUUUGAGAUCCAGAUUCUUACUAGCUAUGAAUUGCUUUCCUAUAUGAAAUUUCAUCACUGCUCAGAACUAGUCCUUAUGGAAGCAGAUGUCAGCAGCAAGCUCUCCUUAGCAGCUGACUUAGGGUCCUGUAUGCUUAGCUAAAGCUGAAGUGCUGUCUUUUGAAAACACAGUUUGUAUUCUUGGGGAAUCUGUCAGAAAUUAUGACCCUACUAAUAUGCCUGACAGAAUGCGGUUGUAACUUGGAUGUGGAAGUAUAAGCUAUUUGUGUAGGUAUCUGUCACGUGUAUGUAUACAUGGAAGAUCUUACUGCUUGCCAACUGAAUGUGUCCUCUUUGCUAUAAAGACAAAGCAGCCUGCAUUAUAAAAUGGGAGGAGCAAAGAAAGAGACACUGUGUGUGUGUGUGUGUUUAUAUGUGUUGGGUGGAACCCUAGCAAAGGAACCGGUUCUGAACUUGGGUUAUGUAUGUGCUUGAGGUUUAUUUAUAACCAGAUAGUAAUGUGCUUUUUGCUUUGGAGAAUAGUCUAUCUUUCUAAUGUUUCUAGCUGCCCUGGACCAUUAACUCAGGGGCAGAAGGCACAAUCAAAACUAAUCAAGAGUAUGAGCUGAGGCAGCACUAACAAAUUCGCAUUGCAAAACCUGCACUACCCAACCUGCAGACUAGCUUUUCCAACCCAGAAUGCUUAUCUGCCUACUUUUUGCAGUAAAUAAAGAUGUUUGACAACUCA